AUGGAUAUUGAGGAUGUCUUUGUCCAAGAUGCAGAGCCUGAGAGUGGCAGCUGUGCUGGAGGACUGCUCAGACCAGCUGGACAUACUGGGACACAUUUUGACUGUGCAGAUCAGCAGGGUGCAAGGCACUGGAGCUGCACAGAUGAGUUGAGUCCGUACAUGGGCAGAAGGACGCCCAGUUCUCUGUCUCUGAGCAACGGAACAGCUUCCCCCAGACCAGAGCCCUCCGGAUGUCACUCUGCACCUCAGAGGAAAAGGCUCCUGAAGGCUCCCAGCCUCGCCGAGCUUACCAGCUCAGACUCUGAAGACGAGAUUUUUGGGCACAUAUCAGCCAGCAGCUCCAGUAUGGCCACAUCUGUGAUGGAUGAUACAUCGCCGGAGUCGGUGCUGGGGAAGAAUACCUUGAUUUGGUACAAACAUUCAUUUUAA